GUCAGCACUCCAUGCGUUAAAAGGGCAGAUGGUAACCGCGGGUAACUGAGGAGCAAACCACUCUGCUGGCCACAGAGCAAGAGAUCAGCAGAGAGAGGGAGAUAGAGGGAGGGAGGAGAGCGAACACAUGCAGCGCAGCAGAGGAGAGGAGAGGAGCAUCUGAGAGGAAGCUGCACGCCUGCUCUGGCAGAGAGAAAGACUGAGGGAGGAGAGGACUGAGUACUUCUCAGCACUAACAAGGAGGCAGUGAGCAAAAAGAGACAGAGAGAGAGAAAGAAACAAAGACAGGGACAGAAGAUGGGGAGAUAGUAAGAGGAGGGAAAAAAGUAUCCCUCCCCUCCACUUAGAGAGAUACUGAGACAAAGAGGAAGGGAAAACAAAAGGGGGUUGGAGAGACUGUGAAGUGUAGAGAAGGAGGCAGCGGACGGGAGAUAGUUAGAGGAACUGCAAGACUGAUCAAUGAGCAACUGAGAUCUCGGGAAGGAAUUUAGACUUGAGAGAGGGAGGGAGUCAAUGACAGGGAAAGAUUGAUGAAUGAAAGAUGGGAGCAAAACAUCUGGAGCGAAAAGCACUUAAAAAGAAAUAUUUAAACGGAGAAAGAGGAAUCUAGCGGGAGGCGAAUUUGGGGAAAAAAACUAGAAGAAUAAAAAAAACAUUUAGAGAGGAUAAGAGUGGAAAGAAAGGAGGAGCAGAGGGUGAAAUAUUUAAAAAGAGACAGAAGCUGAGGGGGAGAUGAGCAGAGAGAAGGCAGAGUCAAAGAGUCACUGGCAAAAACUUAGAGUAGACAGAGAAUAAAGAACAGCAGGGGGAACCUGCGCUCCUCCUUGUCUCUUUUUUUUUGCCAUUUCUUCCCUCUUCUACUUUAUAAAACAGAGGAGGGGAGAUGAAAUGAGGAAACUGGGAGAGAGUUAAGGAGGACAGAAGAAGGAGGAGGAGGAGAGGAGGCAGUUUUCGAGACUUUCUCCUCAAAGUCCAGCUAGAUAAAGAGAUAAAUAGAUAGAUAUUUAAACAUAAAACCCAACUUUAUCCAAUGGCGUGCUACUACAUUGUGAUCAGUUCCACCCACCUGCGUGACGGACAGCUGAGGAGCAUCAAGGGGGUAUUCAGAGGACCAAUUGGAGCCAACGGCCAACGAAACACGGAGGAAGGAGACUCUAGCUUCUACUGUGAGCUGUGUGAUAAGCAGUACGUGAGACACCAACAAUACGACAACCACAUCAACUCCUACGACCAUCACCACAAGCAGCGACUGAAGGAGCUAAAACAGAGGGAAUUUUACAGAGCGUUGGCCUGCAGGAGACAGAGGAGACGCAGGGAGGAGAAGAGGGAGGAGAGAGUGCUGAGGAGGCUCCAUCAGCAUGAAGAGAGGAGGACAGGAGAGUGUGCUCCAGGUUCUGGUCCUAUGUUCAGAUCCACCACUGUGGCAGUUGAUCCAUCAAACCAGACCAGACCGGACUUUGUGCAGAACUGGGCCGACAUCCACACAAGCAGCCCCAUGCUGGGAACAAAGCCUCAAACCCCACUGAUCCAGCCUUUCCUUCCCCUGAACCCUGCACUGGAAACCAGACUGCUGAGCAACACACAGUGGGUGUACAACCAAAUGGACACGGAAAAUACAGCAACUACUACUGCUGCUGCUGCUGGUGAAUCCUGCAUCCUCAACAACACCCAUCUGGACUAUAGUGACCUGACUUCUGCCACCAUUACGCCCAGUGCCACCACCAGCAACAUCAUGAACACUAAUAACUCAGAUUUCAACACAUCUACCAAUACUAGCCACUUUAACAAGAUCCCUUGGGCUCAUAAUCAUUUAAGCAACCCCAUUACUCCCAAUAACAUCCCAACAACUGCCACUAACACCACCACUACUGGCUCCAUUUUCAACAAAGCCACCAUGACCAAUUUCAGUAAGAACAUCACCAAUGCCCCCGCCACUGCCAUUACUAACAAGACCGGCAUCAGCAUCAACAGUAGCAGAGCAGUGCGUGGAGCAUCAGACGUCCAGUCUGUCCCCAGCAGAUUCCGUCCUGUGUCCUUCUCGCUGCCUAAAAGGAGCUGCGUGCUCCUCCACCAAUCAGCGGCUGUUUUCAUCCAAGCUGGGCGAGGCUCGGGCUUGUCAGGGAAGCAGGAAGGUGUGACAGCGCAAGAAAGGACCAAAGAUCUGGGGGAGAAAGUUGCAGAUCAGCAGCUCAAAUCUCCAGUAUCUGCAGACGUGAAUGAUGUAGCUGUGGUUCACUUGGACACUGGAAACCAGUGCAGUGUGGACAGUAAAUCUGCAAUCCAGCAGUCUGAGGCUGGAGCCAGUAUGUCUACUGAGAGGGGAACUGGAGGACUCUCUGGGACUGGAGCCCGGGUUUCUUUAUGUAAUCGCAAUGUGAUCAGAGUUGAGGACUCUGUUGUCAAUGGGAAUGGAGCCCAGCUCUCCUUAUGUAAUGACAACGGGGCUGGAGCCCAAGUCAGCACUGAAAGUGGGACUGGAACUAAUCUUUAUUUAAACGAAAGGAUACAGGGACAGAUUUGUGACAGUGUAAGCACAAUUGCGGCUCAAUCUUCAGUAUGUCAAGACACAGAGGUUGAAACCCAUGAUGAUGCAGACAGUCAGACAGAGUUAGACCGCAGCCAAGAACAGAAAGAUCUGCUCAGUAACGCCACAAAUCAGCCUCAAAAAUCAAUUUCUGGCAUUUCAAAUGAGACCAAUGAGUCUUCAAUUCAAACACAUCCCGAAGAAUCAAACUCCUCUCCGUCAAACUGGGCUAAAGAAUCGACUUCUUUGCCCCCAAGUCGUCCCAAAGAGCCAUUCUGUCGUGUCCUGAGCCGAGACGGCAGCAGGGUUCUUCUCUGGCCAUCAGAGAUGGUUAGCUACACCAAGACUUCACCCUCUAUCUCCUACAGUGUCAACCCUCUCCUGUAUGACUUCAGAGCACAUAACAGGGCCAAGGAAGGGGGUGAGGACAAGAGAGGAGGGCUGGAGGAAGGCAGGGAGAGAAUAAAGCCAUCUGUGAUCAAACAACCCGACUGCCAACAGAGGCAGGAUGAUAUGGAGGGAGGAAGGGAGGUAAAGAUAGAUGAAAGGGAAGAGGAGGAUGAAGGAGGACAGGCAGGAAAUCCUAUGGAACUUGUAGCCCAUUGUAGCGGCGGCAACGUAGUUCUGGAUCGCACCGGCUGCCGUGAUGAAAGUGCUUUAAAAUUUGUUCCCGUUUCCGCAGAAUGCCACCUUGCAUCGACGCUAGGCCUUCAAAAAACGGGGAGGAAGAGGAGGAGGAGGAGGAGGAAGAGGAGGGGAGGGGUGAGGAGAGGCAUAAGGAAGAGGGGGAGGAGGAAAAGAGCAGAGGAAACAGAGAGAAAAGACUCAGAGAGGGGAAGAAGGAUAAUAAGUGGUCUUUCUGUGAAUCAGAUGUUUGAAGGGAGAGGAGAAGAGAGGCUGAAAAGAGAGGGCACUGAAAAAGAGGAGAGGAGAGAAAAAUGGCUGUUAAGUAAUCUUGCAGCGCAUCGGCUGGUAGGAGGGAAAGAAAAGAAGAUGAGGAGAGAGGAGAGAAGGAUAAGAGGAGAUCAGACAGAGCGAGAGAGGGCAGGUAGAAAUGACGAGAAGAGAGAAGAGCUAUUAAGUAAUCUUCCUGUGAAUCGGUGUAAUCGGUGUAACCAGCUGUGUCUGCAGGUGAAAAGGGAGGCCAGCCAGCAUCAAUCCCAGCAAUCAGCCUCCAGGUGGGGCCAGGGCCUCAGAAAGCUCCUCUGCAGGGGUGCAGCAUGUAACUCAGUGAUUAGCCAUGUCCCUGGGUCUGUUAUAGAGAAGCCAUGCUGUCCUGCAAUUAUGCCCGACCCUGAUCAGAAUGACAGAGAGAUGGGGGAGAUACACAAAAAUACACAAGCGGGGAAAGAGGAAGGUCGGAGAGACGAGGAGCAAAUGUAUCUGAGGAAAACAGGGAUAAGAGCUGUUCAGGAUGCUAAAGAAAACGUGUGUAACCUAGCGAUUAGCAGUGUUUCUUUUCCCUGUCGAGACGCAGCACGCGAGCCCAAAAUUUGUCUUGUUCCUACACCUCACAGGGAAACAGCAGGCGAUCCAGCGAUUAGCCUUGUCCCUGCUCCCUUUAGGGAAACAGCGUGUAGUCAAAGACAAACAAUACCUGCAGGAUACAGCGAUCCCGUGUUAGGCCCAGCCCCAUGCUGCUCUGCACAACAGACAGAAACAGAACCAAGAAUUAGAUCAGUCUGUGCAGACAUGACCCUCCCUGGCGAUGUUACUUCAAAGGAAGUGAUGUCAAAGAGAGCGGUAACAGCCAGCAAGAGGAGGAGGGAAUUGCCGGAGGCUGAGGCAACACCGAGGAAGAAACGGAAAAGGGGAAGGAGACAAGCGAGGGGGGCCGUCAGCGUUUUGAGACAAAGACAGGAAAGAGCUUGUGUUGGUUUGACCUCUGACCUCGGCGUAGAUGAGACCUCUCGCACACAGAGCCUCACAGAGGCGCUUAAACUCAACGAGACUGGGACACUUUCGGAUGACUGCGAUACAGCUGAGUGCAGUCCAGGGGAUCAAAACAUGGACUGCCACUUUCAUUCCAGGACAAAACACUGUCUGUAUCACAACAUAAACGACAAGGAGGGAGCAUUUGGCUGUAACACCACCAUCAAACUGAGUAACUACUGCUGCUGUGAUGACAGUCACAGCAGCACUGCUAACGACUGCAGUCAGUUUAGGUUUGAUCCCACUGGAUGUGAGGAAAAGAGGGAGAGCUGGACUGAUAACGCUUUCAGUGACUGUCACACCUGUAACACACCAAGAGACCGCUGUCAGUGUACUGAGAGGGGCAACGGGGGAUGAU